AUGGCUUCCUUGGCGCGCCGGUUGGUCCAACGAAACGGCCUGGAGACGCAGGUGACGGUCCUCGAAGGCCGCAUUGAGGAAGUUGAGCUUCCAGGGCAGGUGGACGUGAUCAUCUCGGAGUGGAUGGGCUUUUACCUCGUCCACGAAUCCAUGUUGGAGUCUGUUCUGCACGCGCGGGACCGGUGGCUGAAACCACAGGGCCUGCUUCUGCCCGGCUCGGCGCGAAUCCUGGCAGCGCCAGUGGAGGCGGAAGAGCUCCGUGCAGAGUUGGAGGGCUACAGUGACCUGCACGGCUUGGAUCUGAGCUUCGUUGGCGAAGAACGCCUGGCUUCUCAGAUGUCUGAGCCGCAAGUGGAGACGGUGGAGCCAAGGAGACUCCUUGGCGAGCCCGUGCUGGCCUUCGACCUCGGAGACCUUCACAAGCUCCCUGCUGGAUCUACCCGGGAAUUCAAGGCGAAGCUGAGCUUCACCACCUGGAGACCCGGAAAGGCAGCCGGGAUCGCCUUUUGGUUCGACGUGGGCUUCUCUGGUGAAGGCAGCUCUGUGACUUUGAAGACUGACCCUGGGUCGCCGUCAACACACUGGCAGCAGACGGUCGUCUACCUGGGUGUCUUUGCAGCCGUGGAUGCCGGGGAUAUUCUCGAAGCAGAGGUUACCAUGACGCAGAGUGAGUCCAACCCGCGGCAGUACGACAUCUCCAUUGAGACCCAGUGA